UGUGAUCUCCCACUACCCCCCACCUGGCCAGAGCUAAAAUAAUAAAAUGCUGAGCUCACUGCUCCCCCACCCUCUCCCCCGCACUGGACUCCUCCUGCUGUAGGGCCGGUGCUAACAGCAGAGCAGACAGACCAACCAACAGGAGGGGAGGUGAGAAAAGUGGCCUCCAGACUGGCUCUGUGAGUGCCACGCAUUGGGGAAGGGGUGGGGGCCAUCAUGUCAUCCUAUCAGAAGGAGCUGGAGAAAUACAGAGACAUAGAUGAAGAUGAGAUCCUAAGGACCCUGAGCCCUGAAGAGCUGGAGCAACUGGACUGUGAGCUACAGGAAAUGGACCCUGAGAACAUGCUCCUGCCAGCGGGACUGAGACAACGUGAUCAGACGAAAAAAAGCCCAACAGGGCCCCUGGACCGAGAUGCCCUUCUGCAGUACCUGGAGCAGCAGGCACUGGAGGCCAAGGAGCGAGAUGACUUGGUCCCCUUCACUGGUGAGAAAAAAGGGAAACCCUUUAUCCAACCCAAGAGGGAGAUCCCAGCGCAGGAGCAGAUCACGCUGGAGCCAGAGCUGGAAGAGGCACUAGCCCAUGCCACAGACGCCGAGAUGUGUGACAUUGCAGCGAUCCUGGGCAUGUACACGCUGAUGAGCAACAAGCAGUACUACGACGCCCUCUGCAGCGGCGAGAUCUGUAACACAGAAGGCAUCAGCAGUGUGGUGCAGCCCGACAAGUAUAAGCCUGUGCCAGAUGAGCCCCCCAAUCCUACCAACAUCGAGGAGAUACUGAAGGGUGUUCGGAGCAAUGACAAAGAGCUGGAGGAGGUGAACCUCAAUAACAUCCAGGACAUCCCGAUGGUCCUGCUGACUGAGCUCUGUGAGGCCCUGAAGACCAACACCUAUGUCCGCAGCUUCAGCCUGGUGGCCACCAAGAGUGGGGACCCCAUUGCCAAUGCGGUGGCUGACAUGCUGCGUGAGAACCGCAGCCUCCAGACCCUCAACAUUGAAUCCAACUUCAUCAGCAGCUCAGGGCUCAUGGCGGUGCUGAAGGCAGUCCGGGAGAAUGCCACGCUCACUGAGCUCCGUGUGGACAACCAGCGCCAGUGGCCCGGUGACGCUGUGGAGAUGGAGAUGGCCACGGUGCUGGAACAGUGUCCCUCCAUUGUCCGAUUUGGCUACCACUUUACCCAGCAGGGGCCACGAGCUCGGGCAGCCCAGGCUAUGACCCGCAACAAUGAACUCCGUCGCCAACAGAAGAAGACAUAGCAUUGCCUUUCCCUAUUCCAGCCAUAGCUGGGAGCCCUGAGCUCCUCCUCCACACCCCUUCCCUGUAAAUAAAAGCCCUCUGUCCAUGCA